CGGCUUCAUUGCAAAUGCUGGCGACCGCCUCGACUCUGUCUCUCUCUUACGCCGCUCCCGCGGCGCCGGCCGGCGCCUCGCUGCGGCACGCUCGGCCUGCCGCCGCGCCGCCCCUCAUGGAGACGAAAGCCGACCUCGAGGCCCUCGCCAAGGACCUCAACCCGGCGGUCGGCUUCUGGGAUCCGCUCGCGCUCUCCGACUACAGCUUCUGGGGCACCUCUCAGGAGGCGACGAUCGGCUUCCUGCGCGAGGCGGAGAUCAAGCAUGGCCGCAUCGCGAUGGCCGGCUUUGUGGGCUACAUCGUGCACUCGAACGACAUCCGCUGGACCUUCGACAAGGUCGCCGCGUCGGUGCCCACCGGCCUGCCCGCGCCCGCUGUGUGGGACGCCAUCCCCGACAUCGCCAAGUGGCAAAUCAUCCUCUUUGUCGGCGUGAUGGAGUCGUGGCGCGAGAACAAGGUGGUGCUUGAGGCGGAGGGCCAGAAGCACUACAUGAGCGGAGGCAAACCCGGCUACUUUCCGUCCUUCGACCUGCUGCCGCACCCGGUCCCCUUCCCCCUCUUCGACCCGUUCGGCAUCUCGAAGCGCGCCACCGAGGAGAAGAAGGCAAAGGGCCGCCUCGCCGAGAUCAACAACGGCCGCCUCGCCAUGAUCGGCCUCUUCGGCUUCCUCUCCGAGGCCACGGUGCCCGGCUCCGUCCCCUUCCUCAAGGGAGUGGUCCCCGCCUACACGGGCGAGGUGAUGGCACCCUUCACCCAGAACAUCUUCACCGCGCCGACGGCGCUCUGAGCGGCCCGCGCGCUGUCGCCGCCGCCGCUUCUGCCGCCCCUCUCCUCACACCGUGCGCUUGCGCCGCGCCGCCGCUCCGAACCGGACGCGGGCGCACGCACCCGCCCGUCGGUCGGUGGCCGCCUGCUGCUGCACCGCGCGACACUGUGAGAGGUGCUUGCUUAGUCUAGUCGCGGCUAGCGGCAGCCCCCCGGCUGAGACACACCUGAGUCGCGCGGCGGCCGGCCGUGUAUGUGUGCAUACGCAAGAACGAUAAACUCCAGGUUUGUGCAUGUUCACAGAGACAAUAAAUACAGGGAGAGGAGCUCCUCUCUCGCUCUCUGUCUC